GAUGAAAGUGGGAGGUGAAGAGGAUGAAUGUUGUCUAUGCCUACCGAAGAUCCUGCGCGGUAAAGGAGACAGAAAUUUGGAACUGGUGUUCUGGCCCCGAUGAUAUUCAAUCAUUUUCAAUGUUCGUUGCUUCUUUCAGUAGAUGAAGGAAAAGAUGAUGGCGAAAGUCUUAAGUCUCGGAGCACAUGGCGCAAACCCUCAUGCGCUCAACUUAGGGUUUCCUCAUCGGCGGCUUUCCAACCUUGUUAUUCUCGUUGUUCUUGCAGAUGUAGCGUCGCGCUCUGGCUCCCUGUAUUACUGCUGUCGUGCUCGGGCUCCGUAGACGCGACCUCACCGCAUACCUCGAUUUUCACCGCCCGGGAUAUUCUGCUCUUGCGGUUGUAUCGAAUUCUUUCGCUUUUCUUGGUCUCUCAUCCAAGUGCGCGAGCACAGCAUAUAUUGCUUACACCUGGCAAUGUUACCAUGGAGGACACAAAAAAUGUGCAAGCCCUGGGAGUUUCCAGUGCAAGAGGAGCGGGAGAGGGCUUAGACAUCGAUAGCACCAAAGUUAUCGAAGAAGGCCCUAAAGAAAGUCCGCAGUUGGAAAGCCUGAAGGUCACGCCUAUAGAACUUGCCCCUGCCACAUUACUGAAACAACAGCCACCUGACUCUGGCGUGCAGCUGAAGGAAGACGGCAGAGACAACAAGGAAGGAAGUUGUGUCGCCGUCUCGAAUCAACAAAAUAUUUCUGCGGAAAAGAAAUUGGUGGCUGUCGAGGUCACUGUUAAUAGUCACGAACUCGAAGAGCCUGUGGGAGCUAUCACGUCGCUUCCAGGGGAAGUUGAUACAGGUGGGACACAGGACAAUCUUGGAAGUGAGUUUGAAGAGAUUCUCCUCCAAGACGCAAGGCUGGACGUGAAGCAAGAACUUGACCUUGACAGUUCGUGGGCAUCUGAAAGCCUAGAGAAUGGGAAGCAUCUUGACAGAAGCAACCAGCUCGAUGCCACAUGCAAGGCAGAGAAGCAUAUGGAAGGAGAGGGUAUACAACCUAUUCCAGAGACAACUCUGAAUGGCGUCCUUGACAAAUUGAGCAGCCUGGAUCCAAGCGAGAUUUUCAAGGACCCGGUGGAUGAUUCUUUCGCUCCAAAUUAUUCCAAAGUUAUCAAGACUCCGAUGUGUUUUGCCAUGAUGUACGCUAAAAUUGCUGAGCACCAAUACAUCACAUGGCGUUCAUUUGUGGAGGAUUUUGAAAGGAUAUGCUACAAUGCUAUGAAGUACAAUCAAAAGCGUUCAAAGAUCUGGAAUGCCGCAAGCUCUCUUCUUCGCCAAGGGAAAAAAAUUCUAGAACCAUAUAGUGAACAUGGGGAUAACAUCGUCGAUGGUGGCAACCAAGAUGGUUAUACCCAAGAUUUGGUGACUGGAAUUCUGAGCGAAGCUUAUGGAGAAGAGAUGAGUUGUCGUCUAGACGAGAAGAGAAUUUCGCGACCAACUCAUAGUGAGGUGAUAGAAGUACCUGUAGGUGAAUUACUAAACUCACACGGAUGCGAGGAUGGAAUUUCACCUCUUUUGAGUGGAAACAAGAAAGAUGCGCUCGCAGCUGUUUCAGAUGUAAGAAGUUCAUAUUUGAAGCAGGACUUCGAAAAAUCAGAUAGCAUCGGCAGAGACCCUAAGCACUCGAGGAUGAGCCAUUUGGAAGAGGAGGUGAAAGUCGAAAUUUUGGAAUGCACUGUUCCUGAAGAUCUGCGCCUUGACUCCCGUGAUGAAGCAACAGAAUGCUCAAGCUCUUUUGGUUACACGCAAAGUCAAGAGCACAGUGACCCAGAAGCAGAAGGGCUUCAGCAGAAUGCAGAAGUCGAGUCUGAGCUGCGAGAUGGUAACGGAGCAUUAUCGUCUGCGUUCGCAGAUGAAGAUGAGAUUGUAGGAGGAAAUGAAAGGAGCAAGAAGGCCUUGAAUGCAGAGUGGAAGAAAUAUAGACGAGGUAUAGAAUGGAGAUGUCGGUGGUUGGAGGUCCGACUGAAUGAGUUGAGAGCUCGAUCGGAGAAGUAUGAUCGUAUUCUUGAGGAAAGAAGGGCGAAGAAACAAUGGACUACAGACAUGCACCCCGGUGAGGAGUCUUCGGCUCGAACUAGCCAGUUGAAAGACGUCCCGAUCAAAGGGCAACCAAUACUGCGACGGAGAAGGAGGAAACAGGUGGAGAGUUCUGUGGACCUGGACGUAUACAUGGCCAGACAUCCUCUGUUCUCUAGAUACGGUACUGCUGGAAAAUCGAAAUACAAAAAGAGAAAGCGAGACAAGGAGGAUACCUACGUGGAGACCAAGACUGACAGUGGGCAACAAGGUCACAGUCAGCUUCAUUUGGAGUUAGAAAGGAGGGUGCCAGAAGAAUCGGACACUGAAGAACAGGUUGCGGUUGUACGUUCGACCGUGGGAGGUCAAGAUUCGAUGGAACAAAUUCUUUGGAAGAUUGAAGCGUUACAGGCAAGGGUGGAGAAGAUGAAACAUCAACUAAGCAGGGGAGCUCCUCCUAAAGUUGCUACACAACCUGUUACUGUUCCCAAAGUACCCGCUAAUCUACCUCGGGCUCCAACACAAGCUUCACCCCGUAUAUCAGUACCUGGUACAGCACCACGACCUCCCGGUACUAAGGGACGACCACCUGCUGGACAAUCUCCCGGGUUUUCAGGCACUGUAUCUUCUGCAAAUGGAGGAUUGCAGAAGCAGGCCUCUGCAUCAAUCCGACGGAGAUCGUCAGAUUAUGAUAUCAACAACAUGGUCAUGCCUGUGAGUGUCGGGGCAAAGUAUGUGGAACAUAUCAAGCAUGCCGAUAUUUGGACACCACAUUGGCGGCUUGUAGAGGGCGCUGAGAGUUCUGAUCAAUAUUUGGGUGGCAGUUCUAGUGACGAGGAUACGGAUGAUGAACAGUUUGAGAGUAGACAUGCAGACAUGGAGAUCAAUGAGAGGCAGCAACGUUAUAUGCUUCCACCAAAGAAGAGCCCUGAUGGAGAAGGCCCUGGAUCUGGUAAAGGUCGGUCCUCCAAGUCAGGGAUGGGAAAGGGAGCGGGGAAGAUGUCAGGUAAGAGUGGCAAAAGUGGCAGAAUAAGCGGGCCGUCAAAGGCUGUUGCCGCUGAAACGGUCGAGUCUCCGGACUCGAGCAUUUCUCCUGCUUUUGCGGGUUCCAUCCCUAAAGGCAAACGCCGGAAGAGACUGUUCAACGCACAUGCUUUUACCUCAAAUCGUGCCCAGAAGCUAACGGCGCAAGUAGCAGAGUCGCCGACCUCUAAUCAAAGCACUGAGACCCCGGAUGAGAGCAUUCUUGGAGACGAUAUGGUAGAAACAAAGCUACUGGAUGAGACUAGUGUUGAUAUUCUUUCAAGCGGUGAUACAGAAACCCUGAAUGUGCAACUUGCGAACUUGGCAGCAGACCAAGGGGAAACGAGAAAGAAGAGAAAUACAGGUUCGGGUUUGCAGGUUCUUGCUAACCCUUAAGAGAGAAAUUUUCGUCCUUGUAUCUGUGUUACAAUUCACUCACAGACGGCACAAUGUUGUGGACAUGUGUUGCUAGGACAGUUUCGGAGCCCUGAAUAGUAGGAGUAGAUUUUUCGAGUUUCACUAUAGUGGUCGGUCCCUUCAAGGAUUCGAUUUUUGCCUUGUAAAGAUUGUAUGCUACAGAGUUUUUGUAGGCUUUCCUUCGCCAAGCUUGCGCAAGAGUAAUGAACGCCUCCUACGUCAUUGCCG